ACUAAACAAGUUUUUUUUUACUAUAAUUAGACAGAGAAUAAGUUAAAAAAAAAUUUACAUAGUGUGCAUUAUAUAUAUCCAUAUAUAUCAUUGAACAUACACUUUAAGGAAUGAUAUUACUUAUAUUAACUCAAUAUGAUGUAUAAUAUAUAAACUGUUCAUAUUUUAUUAAUAUCUCAUAGCAACUAAUUUCAAUUAUCAAUAUCGAACCAAACAACAACAACAACAACAACAACAAAACAAGGACAAAAAAAAGGGGGAUCAUGAUCUUAUCAAUAGCAGAAAAAUAUUGGAAAAAUAUAAUUAUCUUAUCAAAUCUUAUAUUUAUUGUAUACAGUAUUGUGCUUAUUUCAUUAGGUAUAGAUAAAUUGAAUUUUUUAAACAGAUUUACCAUUAUAUUACAUAAUGCUAUACCAAUUAUAAUUCCAAUGAUUAUCUCUAGUGGAUUAUUAUGUCUAAUCACUGCAUUAAUUGGUUUAAUUGGUUUAAUAAAACAAAAACAAUGUAUUGCAUUGAUUGUAAGUAAUAUAUAAUACAUUCAUCAUUGAUAUAUAUGUAUUUAUAUUUAGCAUAUUGGUGGUUUAAUGAUUAGUGCAAUUAUCGAAUUUAGCACAGCAACAAUGUCAGCUGUUUCUAAGGAUCAGUUUUUUAUGAAAGUAAAUUCUUCAUUACAUGAAUCUGUAGUACAUUAUCAUCAGGAUUUUGAUAUUAAAAAUGAAUUUAAUAAUUUACAAAUGACUCUUGGAUGUUGUGGUGCUUCCUAUUUUCGUGAUUAUUUAAAAAUACAUUCUACAACACCAUCUUCUUGUAAACCUACAUCAUAUGGAUUUGGUUGUGUUGCAGCAAUCACUAGAUACAUGCAACAAUAUAUUAUACUGUUAAUGUAUCUAUGCUUUAUUUUUGCAAUUUUAAAAGGGAUAUAUGUAACUAUAUCAAUUUUAUUAUUUCGUAAAACAGUUGGCAAGGAAAAUUCAUCUGUGUAAACUUAACAUUAACAACACACACACACACACUACAAAACUACAAUAGAAUAUCAUUGAUCUAAAUGACAUUGUUGAUGAGAAUUGAAUUGUUAUGUCAAAUUUAUACAUGAACAGUUUUGAUUUCUACAUUUUGGAAACAUUGAUUAUCAUUCAAUUUUGUUGCUUGCCAAUUUUUUAUUAACAUUGUUUUCCUUUGAAAAAAUUCUUCACACUCAUUACCAUAGCAACAGAUUUAUUAAAAUAAUAUCAAUAUAAAAUUCAUUUAGUA